GAGUGAGUGAGUUUGCAUUAUAUUCUCAUAUUCACAUUCUCUUCUCUCUCUCUCCAUGUGUGUGUGUGUGUCUAAAAUUCUGCAUGUUGGCUCUGAAAUUUGAUAUGGGUUUGGCAAAGAUUGGUGGAGGAGAAGGGUAAUUUUUUUGGGGGAUUUGGUAUCUGAUUCGGUCAUUUGUUGUGUUGGGUUUUUUGUGUAUAAAUGGAUACCUUGGAGAGUGGCUCAUAAAUCACCCAGAAACCUCUGCUCUGAUCUUCAUCUGUAGUUUUACUUUUUCAGCAUUGUUUUUCCUAUCUGUGAAGGCCAAGCUUCAGCUCUCCAUUUUUGUCGAUCUCCAAGCAGCUACAGAUUACUCUUAAAGAAUCCUGGGAUGCGAACCAUGAACGCACUAGCGGCUACAAACAGAAACUUCAAGCUUGCUGCUAGGCUUCUGGGUCUUGACUCAAAGCUUGAAAAGAGCCUGCUCAUUCCAUUUAGAGAAAUCAAGGUUGAGUGUACCAUACCCAAGGAUGAUGGCACAUUAGCAUCCUUUGUUGGUUUUAGAGUGCAGCAUGACAAUGCAAGAGGCCCCAUGAAGGGAGGGAUCAGAUAUCACCCUGAGGUUGACCCUGAUGAGGUAAAUGCUUUAGCACAAUUGAUGACAUGGAAGACAGCAGUUGCAAAUAUACCCUAUGGUGGAGCCAAGGGAGGGAUAGGGUGUGAUCCCGGGGAGUUAAGCAUAUCAGAGCUGGAGCGUCUGACCAGAGUUUUCACUCAAAAGAUACAUGAUCUUGUCGGUGUCCACACCGAUGUUCCAGCACCUGAUAUGGGAACAGGUCCACAGACAAUGGCAUGGAUACUAGACGAGUAUUCUAAGUUUCAUGGCUACUCACCAGCCGUAGUAACGGGGAAACCCAUUGAUCUGGGUGGAUCUCUGGGCAGAGAUGCAGCAACAGGGCGAGGCGUGUUGUAUGCAACAGAAGCCUUGCUAAAUGAGUAUGGAAAGAGCAUAUCCGGUCAAAGAUUUGUCAUUCAGGGUUUUGGCAAUGUGGGAUCUUGGGCAGCCAGACUGAUCAGUGAAAAUGGGGGUAAGAUUGUAGCAAUAAGUGAUGUAACAGGAGCAAUAAAGAAUAGCAAUGGGAUAGAUAUUCCAAGCUUACUAAAGCAUGCAAAGGAACACAAAGGUGUGAAGGGUUUUGAAGGGGGGAAUCCAAUUGAUCCCAAAUCUAUUUUGGUUGAAGACUGUGACAUACUAAUACCAGCAGCCCUUGGAGGGGUCAUCAAUAAGGAAAAUGCUAAUGAAAUCAAAGCCAAAUUCAUAAUCGAAGCAGCCAAUCACCCAACAGACCCAGAGGGCGACGAGAUAUUGGCAAAAAAAGGAGUUGUUAUUCUCCCAGAUAUCUUUGCAAAUUCCGGAGGAGUUACAGUUAGCUACUUUGAAUGGGUUCAGAACAUCCAAGGUUUCAUGUGGGAGGAAGAGAAAGUAAACAAGGAGCUGAAGACUUACAUGACGAAUGGCUUCAAAGAUGUGAAGGAGAUGUGCAAAUCCCACAACUGUGACCUCCGCAUGGGCGCUUUUACACUUGGAGUCAACCGUGUCGCCAGAGCCACUGUGCUGAGGGGUUGGGAAGCCUGAGCAGCUGCUUUUCUCAUCUCUAAAUAAAGGAGAGAUGCUCCACCCGCCACCCCAGUGGUGCUUCCUUUCCUGUUGAAUUCUGCAGUACAACACUUUUUUUCAAUAGUAUUUGUUAUUUUUAUUGCACUAGCAUGCAAGAAAUAUCAUCUCUGCACUAAAAGAUCACAAAUAGAUGGCUUGGUUCGGUAUCCAAAGGAGAUUUAUGAGUUGCUUUUGGAUAAGUGGAGGGAUCCUGUCCACUUGCUUACAAACAGAUUUUUCUUACUCAUGAAUUCUUGCCCUUUUUCUGUAAUAAAGGUCAGUCUUAACGUGUAUGGAUACCAAACUUCCAUGACAGUAAAAGAAAUGAGAACAGUUUUAGAAAGUA